AUGCCACGUACAAAGAGACAACAGUUUGAUUCUAUUGACCCAUCCAAUGCUCCUUCAACAUCAAAUCAGAAUCGUAACUGUCAAUCAUCAUCUCAGGCUGCUUAUCGCUCUACUAUGCUUCGUACUUCAUCAGUUAAUGCCUCUUCUUACAUAGAUAAUGGUGACUGCAACAACAUCUGUGAAUUUUGUGGUGCUUGCUUUUGGUAUGACGAGCGUGUGGUUUCUGCUUCUAAUAAUCAACGUCCAAAGUACAUGCAAUGUUGCAAAGGAGGUCGUGUGGCUAUCCCGUUUCACACACAACUUCCUGCAGCAAUUGUGGGAAGGUAG